AUGGAAUCUCCAGGAUCCAAAAGAAAGCGAUUGUCAAAUCGUUCUGUUUAUCUUCCUAAUCAUGUGAUUGAUAGGAUUUUUACCUUUUUACCUAUUAAGGAUGUUAUUUCUUCUUCUGCAGUAGCUAGUCCAUUUUUAAAUUCAUGGAUGUAUGCCCGCAAUUUGCGUUUUGAUAGAAUCUUUAAGAACAAUUGUGGUAGGGAUGAUAUCUCAAUAAUCAAUAAAAUCAUAAGUGGUCAUUUAGGAAAGAAAAUUUACAGUUUUCAUUUGUACAUUCCUGCGCCAAAUAGGUACUCACUUUUUCUUCAGGAGUGGAUUCAAAUUGUUGCAUCAAAGGGCAUAGAAGAGCUCGAGAUAGAUUUAUGGUUUACACCUGAUAAUGAAGAUACUUACUAUAUGCAUUCUGAUUUUAUUGAUAUUGAAACUCUUCGAAGUGGACUUUCUCCUAGAUAUGUGGAUUUUGAAUACAAAGAUAUGGAGUUCUAUCUUCCAAAUUUGAAGGAGUUGCAAAUUGUGCGACAUGGACUAACAUAUGUGAACCCAUGGGACAUCAUUUUCUUUGUCAAGAAUUGUCCCCAAAUUGAAAGACUCUUUCUCGAUUUUGGCGAUUAUGCAAUGGAAGCAGGAAGAUAUUGGAAUUUUGUGGCAAAGGAAAAGUUUGAGAAUUGCCAAAUAGAGUUUUCGAAGCUAAAACUCUUAAAGGUGAAAGGAUACAAGAAGCUUGAGCUGGAAGGGAAAUUG